GCGGGCGCCGGCCUGGCCCGGCUCGGCCCGGCGGCUGCGCGUCGAGGCCGGGCCAGCCUCGGCUCAAUCCCGGGGAUCUGCUUGCGGCCUCGGGCCGCGGAGAGAAGGCGGUCGUGGAGCCCAGGCAGCAGGGCUGUGCCGCUGCCGUCUUCAGCCCUCGGGGCGGUCGCUUGGGCCGCGGAGCGACAGCCUCCUCUCAGGGGCUGGGCCUGCGGGGCGGGGGCGGCCCGGCUGGUGCUGCGGUCGAGGGGGCAGCGCGGCCGCCUCCGUUCAGCGCAGCGGGCCGUGGUGGUCCGGCGUGCGUGAGAGGCUCCCCCGAUGGGCGCGGGGAAGCCGACACGGCUCGCAGACACAGAGCAGGCCCGGGCAGGACUUCAGAGUUGGUUUUUUUGGGGCUGGUUGGUUGUUUCUGGUGUUUUCCCCACAACAUUGCGACGGUGACUCUUUCUCCCGGGGCGGAGGUGGGGAGCCUGGUGCUGAGGCCGGAGAGCCGUCUGUGGCGGCGGGCCUGUGCUCCCUGUGCUGCCCAGGCAACCCUGCCGGCUGAGUUCUACCUUAGACGAAAUAAAAACGGGUGUGAGCAGGCUCAUUUCUAAAGUGAGCCUCUUGACGUUGCUUGGAGUCGGUUAUGAAGCACUGACACUGCCUGUUUGCUGGAGGAGAGGUGUUGGUGGGCUGUGAGCAGAACCACCCCCAAACUAAGGGACAGAAGGAAUGUGCCUUGGGCCUGGAAUCCAGAGGAAACGUGUUAAGCAAUGGGUCAAAAAGGUGGCAAACUUGCCUGGUCCAAACCAGCAGAAGGCUAUCAGAGUGUUACAGGCAGAAGAUAUGGGAGAAGACAUGCCUAUGUUAGCUUUAGACCAUCUUUGAAUAGCCAAGGCAGAGAUGAACAUCAACACGAAGGCUGUGAACAAUUAGAGUGGGAGGAUGUUCAACAAGAGAAUUCUUUACCUUUCUGUGAAGAUUCCAGUCCAUCGGUUCAGGCUUCUUCUGAUUUAUUGGAUGAGCCUCCAUUAGAAAAUAUUGGAACUGGAGAACCCAUUUGCCAAAGUGUAUCAAGCCAGACUUUUCAAGCAAACGUGUCACCAUUUUCUCUAUUCUGUUCUGGUCUGGAAGGCAACACAAUCUCGGGGAACUCUAUGAAUCCUUAUGAAAAUUCUGAAGACCUUGCAGAAUAUGCAUCUGAAGGGCAUAAUGAUUUGAAUGGUCAGAAUGGAAUUGCCUUUGUAAACAUUGACUCUUAUGAGCCAGAUAGCAGUGAUGGAGAGGAAGAUGAUGCUCAGGACAAAUUUUCUUUGGCAAGUGAAGCAGAAGGUGUACUUCAGGGAACGCUAGAUAGUAAGUUUUCUGAGUUAGAAAAAGGCUUAGAGACUCUUACUGACUUAGAGUCCCGAUUGCUCACGCUCAGCCACAGUUUGUCUAGAGAAUGUCAUGAAGAAGCAGGACCAAUGCCUCUAAUGAGUUACUUUAGCAUAGAUUCAGGCUUGACAUGUCCAAACAACAGGGCAUUUGAAUCUUCUGCUGAAGAUCAAGCUAUACCGAAAAGUAACUUGACUGGUGCCAGUUGUGAAACACAGCCGGUAAGAAAUAUAGUGGAUGUUGGAAUCAGAACCCCUAUAGCAAUUGCUAAUGAAUUAAAUGCCACUGGUGGAACGACCGACCAAGGAAAUUCACCUGAGCAAGUCGUGAGACCUAAAAUAAGAAAACAAAGUCCUGCAAACCAGUUGGGGAGAGAGGAGCUUCUCCCUAGUGACAAUGAAGAGAAAGGUGGUUCCUGGAGAAGAAAUGAAGUUGCUGAAAUCCAGCAAGGCCAUGUUGAGUACGCCUUGAGAAAUAGCGAAGAGAUGAGUUCUAGUAUGCACUUUGACACAAGAGAGUACCAAGGUCAUCAAAAGAACACAGAAACAGUCCUAAGGAAAAAUACAGCAGCUCAAGAACAAAACAUGCUAGAUAAUAGCACUGUCAGGGAUGAUUUUGAAGACUGCAACAGACACUCCUCCAUGUCCCAUGAUGAUGAAGACAGGUCAGAAUGGAGUGAUGGAGAAUGGUCUACAGCUGUGCCUUCCUAUAUUGCUGCUACAGACAAAGACCAUUCCUCAAGUGAUGAGAUCUGGGAGACUGUCCCAGGCAGGGAGGAAUGUGAGCCUGAAGUGCAGAGCAGCAGCAGUGGCAUAGAAGAGGAGAACACGGUUGUCUGUUUCCAAGGAGGGGAACAGAUAUUAUUGGAGGAAGGAGAGGUUCCUUGGUUACAAUACCGAGAAGAAGAAAGCAGCAGUGAUGAGGAAGAUGAUCCAGUUAGUGAUUUUGUGCAUCCUGGAUUGUUCCUGUUGGAUGGAAAUAACAACCUUGAGGAUGACUCCAGUGUGAGUGAAGAGCUGGAGGUGGAGUGGAGAAUACUUGAUGAGUUUGGGGAUGGCCUAGGGCUUGCUCAAGCCAUUCCUUAUAUGGAUCCUCAGUUUCUCACAUUGAUGGCACUAGAGGGACGCUUACAACAAGCUAUGGAGACUGCUAUGGUACAUCUGGAGUCUCUUGGAUUUGAUAUUGAACAGGCUUGUCCACCAGCUACUCAAGAAACCAUAGAUUGUCUCCCACAGAUUACUGUCACAGAUGUUCAUGAAGGUCAAGAGCAGUGUUGCACUAUCUGUUGCAGUGAAUAUGUGAAAGAUGAAAUCAUAACAGAGCUGCCCUGUCAUCACUUGUUUCACAAACUUUGUGUAACUCUUUGGUUAGAAAAGUCAGGAACAUGCCCGGUUUGUCGUCAUGUGCUUGCACCCAUGCCUCCUGAAGUGGAUGCUGCCACUGUUUCCUUUCUGUCUGAUCAUGAUUUGCCAUCGCCUGUUCGCAGUACUACAGGAACUUCAAACUAGUGUCUGAAAUUAAAUCGUUGCCACCAAAGCAAAAAUGUAAAUUUUGCCUGUUUAAUUACAAUGUGAAAGCAAAUAUGUAUAAAAUAUUGUAUGUAAAAUACUAUCUAUAUGAUAUAUUUUAGUUUAGGAAGAGGGUCCAACACUUUCUAAACUCUUAAGGUUUAUAAUAAUAGCUUAAAUUUUCAGACUAUUGGUUAGAAUGUUGUUGGUAAUUGUAAAGUCUAAAGCUUAUGAUAUGAUAAAUUUUUCCAAGAAGUUAAUUAAUGUGUCACUUUGUCCAAGUUCUUGCAGCUGCAGUGCAGUUGCAGCUUAUUAAAGCUACACUUAGGACCUGUUGGACCUAGUAUAACUGAAUUACUUGGUUUUGUCAAACUUAGGCUUUGUAAUUGAUUUCUCCUAUCUGCAUCAAAUGUGAAGAUAUUCUGUGACACCAGCAGUGGUAAAACUUGAUUUCAGUGGGGAAAAAAAUGCAUAAUGGAACCAUGUCUCAUACCAGUUCACUCUAUAAUAAACUUUCCUAAAGUCAGAAACACUAA